ACUGACACAGCUUAGAAUCCGUCUGCGAUCCUAAGUCUGUGAUACUGGUAUCGCAUACUGUUGUACAUGAUAGCGGCAAUACCUACAGACGGCAAGACCAAAAGUUCCAGUUUAACGGUGCCGUUUCGUCGAAUUAUCACAAUUAUCAAUUGUUCCACACGGGUUUCGACCGACGCGGUUAAAAAGAUCGAUAUUCUCGGGCAACCUGUUGGUGUGAAUCUUAGUAGAUGGCAAAUUUGGAGAAGCUGAAGUUGAUAUGGAAGCAGGCGGACGCAGUUACUUUCGAUGUUGAUUCCACUCUAAUCCAGGAGGAAGGAAUCGACGAACUCGCAAAAUUUUGCGGAAAAGGAGAGGAGGUUGCUGCUUUGACGAAACGGGCAAUGCAGGGACAUACUACGUUUCGACAAUCUCUGACAAAUCGAUUAAACAUCAUAAAUCCCAGUUUGACUCAAAUAGAGCAGUUUUUGUCGUCGCAUCCGCCGAAACUCUCGCCUGGCAUUGAAGCUCUGGUAACAGCCCUUCGAGCGCAUAAAAAACAAGUGUUUCUAAUUUCUGGUGGCUUUCGUUGUUUAAUCGCGCCAGUUGCGACAGCGCUUGCUAUUCCAUUAGAAAAUGUGUUUGCAAAUAGACUAAAAUUCUAUUACACGGGAGAAUAUGCUGGAUUUGAUGAGAAUCAACCCACUGUGGAAAAUGGUGGGAAAGCAAAAGUAAUCCAGUAUCUAAAAAAUGAAAGGGGCCUUAAGUCUGUAGUUCACAUUGGAGAUGGAGCAACAGAUUUAGAAACUGCUCCAGUAGCAGAUUUAUUUGUAGGAUAUGGAGGAGUUGUGGUGAGAGAGAGUGUACAAUCAGGGUCUCCAUGGUACAUUACCAGUUUUGACCAACUUCUGAAUGCUUUAUAAAAGCAUACAAUAUAACAUUUUCAUAGAAACAUUUGUCUUGUACAUCAGUAAAAUCCAUGACUCCUUUAUUGCAAUUUACUUCAAGUUAGUAGCGUUCAUGUCGAUUAAACGAGCAGGAAACAUUAUAAAGUGUAUCUUCUUUACAUGUAUCAUGUAGUAACAACGUUGUUAUAGUUCUAUGUUGUCUUACAUAAAGAUCGUUACAUAAUUGUAUUCUGUUACAGAAUACGAUUUAUCGUACUAACCGCAACGUUAAAAUUCUAUAUAAUGGCUCUAAUUAUAAAACGACACUGACAUUUCUACAUACUUAUCAGAAGUAUUGGUAUACAAAAACAUAUGCUCCGUAUGUGCCACGAAACAAAUCUAUUUAAAACAACAGGUAUAACACA